AGGGAUCGGCGAGGAAGCGACCACAUGGCCGCAUGGCUUCUCGGUAGGUGACGCGCCGCCGCUCGUGAUGGCAGCCCCUCCGCAAGCCGCCUCUAUGAGGGGCCAUGACGAUGGUGACCUUGGAUGCCCGAGCGACGAUGGGAGCUCGCGCCGAAGUGACAGACUGACGGCCAAGAAGUGGAGGGCAAGAGCAUGGGCGCUAGGGAGGGUUAUAGCGGAGACGGACAAACCUCAGGUUGUGAAUCAAAGGAUCUACUUCCCUCUCGAAGACUGUUUCCAGCAGCACAUGCUCCUUUCGACGAAGAGAUGGCGAUGAGCCAGGGGCGAGCAAGUCUGGUACAACAUCCAAGUGAAAGAAAAGAUCUUGGAGAACGCAGCCUGGUAUCUCCUCCCCCUCCUUUCCUGGGGCUAUCCUGAUCCUCGGCAAGGGCGAGAGAACAUCAAAGGACAUGUCACGUUCGCGACAGGCAAGGGCGUGAGAAUAGAGACGGCAAGCUGAGGAUGAUGAGAGAAUGCGAACAAACACUCCUAGAGUGCGUCGCAUGCUUGAGAUUCCUCGAGACAGAGUUGUGAAUGUGUAAUAUCGCUGUAUCAUCAUGUAAGCUAGAGAAAGAAAUGUAUGAUCUUGUAACAAACAAACAUAAAGAUAGAUUAAAUGUUGUGAG